AGACUUCGAGAGUAGACAGUGUGCAGUGUCGCCAACGCAGAGAGAUGCCGCGCCCCCUGUUGGUCCUCGCAGGCACCUGCCUGCUGGUGCUGUGCGCGCAGCGCGUCGCCGCUCAGGAGGGACCCGACCCGCCCCUACCAGGCGAGCGCGAGUACGGCUGGGAUGACGACUUGCCGGGGGCGGCUCCUGGCGGGGGCGGCGCGGUGUACAACGCCACCGAGACCUCCGGCCCUGUAAACGAGGACAGCGCAGAAGGCUCGACAACCGACGAAUCCAACUGCACCCAAACUGAAGAGGUAUCCCAGAAACGAGCAGCUUCACAUGCAGGCUCCAGGCACAGCACCCUUGCCAGGACGACAGCUCAUGGCAAAACCGCCAAGGCCAGGACGGUUUCCAACGCCAGCACAGCAGGCAAAUCGAGGACUGCCGGCAGAGCCCGAACUGCUGGCAAGAAGGCUGGCAGAGCAGUGGCGAAUGCUGCCAGGGUGCAUCGCAAGUGACAGCAGCUGCAUCUGUAAGCAAUCAGUGGACACAGUGCAGCCAUGCGAUUAUUCUAGUACCAUAUACACAAAAAGUGUAAGAAGUAAAUAAAUCGUGGUUGUUGCAUAUUCUAA